CGGAAACUUGACAUCGAUCAAGGAUCAGACGACACGAGCUAGUAGCCACAAAGCCAACGAUCUCGACCGCUCGGGUCAUCAGCAACGAACCAUGGCGCGGGUGCUGGCUCUCGGCGCCGCCGCGGCUUUCCUCCUCCUGGCAGUGGCAUCGACCAUGGCGGCCGCGCAGAACUGCGGGUGCGCGGCGAGUCAGUGCUGCAGCCGCUGGGGGUUCUGCGGCGCCACCAGCGAGUACUGCGGCACGGGCUGCCGCUCGGGUCCCUGCACCGUGCCCGUCACCAACAACGUGUCCGUGCCCGCCAUCGUCACGCCGGCCUUCUUCGACGCGCUCGUCGCCCAGGCCGCCGACGACUGCGCCGCCAAGGGCUUCUACACCCGCGACGCCUUCCUCACGGCGCUCGGCGGGUACCCCGCCUUCGGCCGCACCGGCUCCGACGACGACUCCAAGCGCGAGAUCGCCGCCUUCUUCGCCCACGUCAACCACGAGACCAUAAAGUUCUGCUACAUCGACGAGAUCAACGGGCCGAGCAAGAACUACUGCGACCCGACGAACGCGGAGUGGCCGUGCGCCGCCGGGAAGGGCUACUACGGCCGCGGGCCGCUGCAGAUCUCGUGGAACUACAACUACGGGGCGGCAGGGCAGAGCCUCGGCUUCGACGGGCUCAACGACCCGGACGCGGUGGCGCGGAGCCCCGUCUUGGCGUUCCAAGCGGCGCUCUGGUACUGGAUGAACAGCGUGCACGACGUCAUCGUCUCCGGCCAGGGGUUCGGCGCCACCAUCAGGGCCAUCAAUGGCGCGCUCGAGUGCAACGGCAAGAACCCCAGCGCCGUCAACGACCGCGUCGCCUUCUACAAGCAGUUCUGCCAGCAGUUCGGCGUCGACCCGGGGACCAGCCUCACCUGCUAAGCUCACUAUCUAGGACAUCGCGUGGACUUGGUUGUGGCAUAUGUGCGUGCAUCUGAUUCGGACAGACAUAUUCAGGAUAAAAUUGCUUUCUGAUUUGAUA